AUGGCCUGCCCUCAGCCCAGCCUCAUCCUGGCUGGCUGCAGACAGCUGUGCUCGGAGCCCCAGUGCUGCCGGGGCAGGCGGAGCGGCACUGCCCGCGCUCGGCGCACGGAGCGGAGCCACCGGGAAAACGGGGAGCGGGCAGCGGGUCAGGGCUGGGCGCUGCCGCGGGGGCCGCUAACGCCUGGCAGGGCCGGCGGGGCCGCCCCGCGACGGCACCUGAGCACAGCCCGGCCGGGACAGCAGCGGGCAGAGCGCUGCCCCGCCGGGGCGCUUCUGCCGGGGCGCGGCGGGGCCGGGCCGGCACCGCCUGUCCUCGGGGCCCGCCGGCGGCUGGGGACGGGGCCCCGCCGAGCGCCCCAUCGCCUCGGCCCCUUCCCUCCGCAGAGCGCCGGCCGGCCGUGCCCGGAGCCGGACUUCGCCGGGGGCUCGGGCUGCGCCUGCCCCUGGUCUGCCCCCGCCGGUGUUUCCAAGGAGACCUGGGCCGCCGUCUGCGCCGCGGAGCCGCCGCACAGCCAGGUCCAGCGGGAGGCUCGGCCGCCGGGCCAGUUCUGCAGCCCGCAGCUCGGUGUCCAGGACGCGGUGUGGCAGGGAGACCAGCUGUCCUCCCAGCUCUACAGGAACAAGCAGCUUCAAGAUACUUUGCUUCAGAAGGAAGAGGAACUUGCUAGGUUACAUGAAGAAAAUAAUAACCUCCGACAAUACCUGAAUUCUGCCCUGAUUAAGUGUUUAGAAGAAAAAGCCAAGAAACUGCUAUCUGACCAUGGGCAAAAAACCUGUGCUAUCCUCAAAAGUACCAAGAGGAGAUUAAAAGAGGACUACUGCUUUGUUCGUCAAGAAACUCCUCAUGCUUCUAAAGCUAGAAGGAACCUCUUCAAUGAAUUCACUGCCUGUGAAGAGCAAGCCAGCCCUGCUGUGGACAGCUGGGUCUUGCAGACUUUAGGAUUAAAAGAUGUGAACACCAUUGAUGAAACUUCAGCUAACUACAGUGCCCUGUCCCCAGACCUCAGAAAAGACACGUACUGCCUGAGCCCUGGGGGAACAAUAGACUAUGAGCACAGGGAAGGAGCAGCAGCAGUGUUUAGCUGCAGCCAUGUGCCUCCAGCCAACAGCAUCACCCAUCCAUGCAGCGAGGAUUCUCCCUUCCUUCCUCAGUUUUCUUCAGCAUCAUGUGUCUCCUCACCAGUGCCAAGUGUUUCCUCCCUCCCAGCCUAUGGGUUGCCUUAUUUGACUGGUGGUUUGUCACCCAACAAAACAGAAGUGGCCUUCACAACGUCCCUGAGUCCCCACCGCAAUGUGAGAACACACAGCUUCCACCAAGGACAGGCCUUUGUGCGCAGGGACGACGAUGGGGGAUGGAGAUUCACCUGGGUGCCCAAGCAGGCUGAAUGAUGCACCUGGAUCAAGGGUCAGCCAUAGGGGAUGUAGGAGUCACACUUUACCUUGUGCAUGAGACAGGUUCAGGCAGAAAAGAAGGACCACUUUUGGGCUUCUUUAAAUGCUACUCUGUCAUUAACCCACUCCUCAUUCCCUCACAGAUUUUCACAGAUGUGACUCCAGAUUUCACUCGGACAAUUUUCUGCCCCAGAUGUUCAAACUGGAUUCCUUUCUCUUGUGCCUGUGUUGAGAUACCUGCUUUUACCUGUUGCCUGGGUUUUUGUUAUCAGCUCUUCCUUGUUACUGCUAGUUUCCAGGCUUGGAGGGCUUUCACCUUUGAUCACUUUCACAUGCACCAAACUGGAAAGCACUUUGGGAUUGCACCUCUCUCACUCUGGAAAUAAUGUCUCUUUCACAAAUAUCCACAGACAA